UUCGUGUCCCUGGUUCCCAAUCCUGGUAUACUUGUUUUUGUCAUACACUCGAAAACGUGAGUGAAAUUUACAUUUAAAAAAAUACAAAUUUACAUUGAAAACAUAAAAAAAAAUGUCUUUGUCUCCAAAAGCUAAGCAAAGAGUUGGUGCUGUUUUAAAUGUAACAAAAGUUGUAUUUCACUGGGGAUUUAUGCCAGCGGUUUUAUAUCUUGGAUUUGCAAAAGGAGCAGAUGUAGGAAUGCCACCACUUUCUGUCAUGAAUCUGCUGUGGCAGUGAAUUCGUUUUUUGCUGUAAAAAUAAAAAAAAAAAUAUAAUCUAACAACCAACCUUGUCUUUUGAGAAUAUGGACACGUGGGCUCUACCUCUUGAUUUAAUCUAUUGUAAUGUAUUGAAUAAAUUUUAAGUUUCUGUUA